CGCAGGCCGAGAUCGAGGAGGCGGCCGACCGGGCGCAGCUGUCCCAGUUCAUCCUGCAGCAGGAGAGAAGGGCUACGAGACGAUCGUGGGGGAGCGAGGCCUCAACGGUCUUAGCGGAGGCGAGAAGCAGCGGCUGGCCAUCGCCAGGUGCCUGGUGAAGAACCCCCCGGUGGUGGUGCUCGACGAGGCGACUUCGGCGCUGGACUCGGAGACGGAGCAGCGGGUGCAGCAGGCCUUGGAGGAGCUCAGUGACGACGGUGAUCGCCAUCGCGCACCGCCUCAGCACCAUCCGGAACUCCGGCGAGGUGCUGGUGCUGGAGGCCGGGCAGGUGGUGGAGCGUGGGCAGCACUCCGAGCUGUUGGCGCGGGAGGGCUCCCGGUACGCGUCGAUGUGGCAGCGCCAGGCAGCGGGCAUCAUGGACGACGGCCCCGCGGCGCCGCGUGGCGGCGCAGGCGUGCUCGACGGCGCUUGAGGCACUGCCCUUCUCCAGGCCUCCCACAUGGGAGCCAUGGGCCAUGGGCUUUCCAGCUUCGGCGUCGGCCUGGGCGCCGAGAGGCCUCGCACCCUCGCCGCGCACCCCUGCGGCCCGCUUGCGCUGCUGACGAUGGGGCCAGAGGGCCGCGCGGCACCGCACCGCCGACGCCUCGGCGGCGCGGCGCGACCUGGGAGGCCGAUCCUCUCCGGUACGGCGUCGCCGGUGCACCGCCGGUGCGUGGGCGGUGCGGUGCGAUCCUCCGACGCCGUCCGCCCUGGCCUUCUGUCGGGCGUGUCCCCCUACAGGGGGGUUUUCGACGAAAAAUAACAAAUAUUCC